GCGGAGAUGGAAGAAGAUUUAUCCGCAUCCCCCACUGAAAAUUGUAGCUCUGAACUAGAGCAGACAUUAGACAAACCUCAAGACAUUUCGUGGCAGAAAUAUACCCCAGCCAAUCUGCGAAAACCGGCACACACCACUUUGAAGGCUCGAAAAAGGAACUCUGCUACGGACUCCUGGGCUGAUAUUUCCUCAAAAAAGGCAAAAAAGUGCGAGUUGCAUAUGAAAUGCAUAGUCGAAGAGCAUGAACUUCAAAAAAAAAGCUUUAAAUGGAAAUUGACUUCAAAAAACAGGAGCACGAACUACAUGUCCAAAAAAUGGAAUUAGAAAUAGAGAUGCUGAAGUUACAAAUUCAGCUUAAGAAAAAGGAAUUAGGAAUAGGGUUUUAGAAGUUUUAUUUUGAUUUUUAGUUUUGAGGAAUUUUUUUUUUAAUUUUUGUGAUGAAAUGAAUAAUUUGUUGUUCGGAUAUCCACUAUCUGCAAUAAUUAAACUGUCACCGAAAUCACCGCUUGCAAAGCGUGAGUUCAUCCUAGAAUUCCUUAAUAUGUUUGAAUCAUGAGCAGAACCUGGCCAGCGAGCCACAAUAUUUGUUAUUUUAAGGCUAGCGUUACAUGUGGUUUGAACGUUGAUGGAAAAG